UGGUCAGCGUUCCUGUCUGCCCUUUUCGACGACGACCACGCGGUCACGGGGAACGCGACAGUCAUCGUAAAAUCCCCAAAGUUCUUGGAGAAACUAAUGAAGAUCCUUGAGACAACCACCAGACAUACGCUACUGAACUACUUGGGCUACCGGGUGAUGUGUGCUCUGGCGGCGUUCCUGCCGACUCGCUCCCAGUCGCUGGCCAAGCUGCAAUGGGAGCGCCAGCUGGGCUACCGCGAACUGCCCGAGCGCUGGCGCGUCUGCCUGCGCACCGUCGAUGCCGUCAUGUCCUCUACCAUGCACGCGCUGCACUUCGAACACUACGUCAAGAAAAACUCGCUCAACUUCAAGAACCACUUCUCCAAGUUCACCGGCGUGGUGUCGGCCUUCAGCAGCUUCUUCAGCGACUACGCGAAGUCGCGGAUUGAUGAUUACGCCGUGUGCAACUACAAGCUGGAGAAACUUCGCCUCGAGAGUUUCGCCCCGAAUGUUUCCAAGGCUCUCAACAUGGACAUGGCCUUCUACGACGGGGUUCCCUUGGUCGAGGACGGCAACGCCCUGGAGGUCUACUACGUGGCCCGCUCGUACGUCAGUCGCUCGCUGUGGGACGCUGCGCUCAACGGCACCGACUAUGGGUGGAGGCACUCGGUCUUCGACUUGUCGUGCACGUACGAUCCUUCGAGGAACAUUUUCGAGCUGCCCUUGAGCCUCUUCCACGAGCCGUUCUUCUACAACGAUGACACUCUGCCGUUCGAUGAUCCCAGGGUGACAUUUCGUAUCGGAAGGGAGCUCGCCAAGGUCUGUCCUCAGAAUGGCAUCAUGUACGACCCGGAGCGCAACCGCGCCGUGUGGCAGGAGCCCCCCGGCGGCACCAACGGCACCAUGGCUGACGACAUGCGCUGUCUCGUCGAACAGUACGCCAACUUCACCGUGCGCGAGCUCAACCUCACGAUUGAUGGCAUGUCUACGCUACCCGAGAACAUCUUGGAUAACAUGGUCAUUGCGCCCAUCUACGAGGCAUACCGCGAGGCCCAUGCCAGCUCUCUCAAGGAGCACACCAUCCACCACAUAGACGGGACAGCCUUCAACCAGGUCUUCUUCCUCUCCUUCGCACUGGGCCUCUGCGAGAACUUGGACAAGACGGCGCUCCGCGACAUGAUCCUGGAAGGAAGGGUCAGCCCCGCCAGAUUUCGGGUGAACGUGGCGCUGAUGAACUUCAACAAGUUCGGCAAGAUCUUUGGCUGCGCCCCGGGCACGCCCAUGAAUCCGCUCCGCAAGUGCACCGUCUGGAUGAAGCACGAGUGAAAUGUUG